GUCUCCCCACACUGCUGCUGGGGGGACUUUUUAACCUAGGCCUGUGCCUGUGUAUGGCCUUCAAUUGAAGCUGCUUCUGCUCCGCCACUCUGCCAUUGGACUCUUGAUAGUCGUCUCCCCACACUGCUGCUGGGGGGACUUUUUAACAUAGGCCUCUGUAUGGCCUUCAAUUUAAGCUGCUUACGCUUUGCCACUCUGCCAUGGGCCCCUGUACCGCCUCCUCUUGCUGCUGCAGGUCCAGAGUGUGUCAUGGGUCCCUGUACGGCCUCCCAUUGCUGCUGACUUCAUCGCCAGACUCUGCCAUGUGCCACUUUCAGGUCUCCUUACACUGUUGGUGGGUUCCAUUUUGUGAUAGGGUGCUG